AUGUCCUCUGAGGAGCGACUCAACUACGACGAAGGCGCCGACGAGAAACCAUGCCGCUGGUCUGGAACUGGAAACGCGGAUAACGAGCUCGGCUGUGCUGCAAAAGAACGAUACGAUGGCGUGCUGGACGAAUGCAAGAUACAAAAACUCUCAAGCGAAAAUUACCAUGCGUGGGCGAUUCCAGCUAGAGCGGCUCUCGUCCAGAAAGGCUGUUGGGAGGCCAUCGAGCCUGGCUAUAGUGGAAGAGAAAUGACGAACGACGAGAGAAAGAUCAAUAAUAAGGCUUUGAUAUUGAUGUUCCUAGUAGUAGAAGACGCAUACCUGGACGACAUUGAGGAAUGUUCGACAGCUCACGAGGCCUGGGAUACACUGGAAGAGAUACAUUUAAAGUACUACAUGCUCUUCAGUUGAUGAGACUUUUUCAACACCAAAAUUAAGCCAGACGGAACCAUGACGAAUUACCUGGGUCGAAUAAUGAUCCUACACAGGAAGCUUUCAACGUCAGCAUACGCCUUCACCGACAGGGAAGUGGCACUGGUGAUGCCGAUGGGCUUGCCAGAAGCGUAUGAACCACUUAUCCUAAAUUUUGAGCAAGACGACGGAACGCUCACGACGAAGAAAGUGAAAGCAAGGCUGCUGGUGGAAGAAAAGCGGCAGAUCAAAUGUGAAGAUGACAGACUGAGUGAGAGUGAAGAAAUCAAGGCCCUCAUGACGAAGAGCAAGCCCAAUACACAGAGCAGUCAGCUCCAUAGAUUUAAUGGGCAAGAACAUUUUGCAAGGAAAGAAGAGACUAGCACUGCUAUGAGAUCCUCUGAACCGUAA